CAGAGAGAAGGAGGCGGGUCCCUGCGAUUGCAACAAGUGUUUGUGGGGGUACCCAGGAGGCAGAUAAUAUCCCUCCGUGGAAAGUUUGAGGACGAGAGGAGAGACAGAGAGAGAGAGCGGCUUCAGACUCAAACGCACCGAGCGUCCCGUGGAUGUAAAGAGAGAUAACUGGAAGUUUUGCUUUGUGAGAAUCUGUCCACUCUACAGCCAGCAUGAAUAAUGGAUCCAACCGAACCAUGGACCCGAGCUGCAUGGAGAAACCUCCUCUCGCCAUGGACAUCAUCGUCAAGUUGGACAUCUUUGGCAUCAUCCUGUACUCCAUCCUCACCUUCAUGGCAACAGUGUCUAUGCUUCUCUUCAUAGAGGAAUGUAUUUACAUCUAUAGGAAAGUUCCAGCCAAUAAGAAGAGUGUAAUCAUCUGGGUGAAUGGGGCAGCACCGGUGAUCGCCACCAUGUCGUGUCUCGGGAUGUGGAUUCCCAGAGCCACCAUGUUUACUGAUAUGAUCUCUGCCUGCUACUUUGCCAUUGUGGUGUUCAAGUUCCUGAUCUUGAUGCUGGAGGAGGUGGGUGGUGAUGAGGUUUUCCUAAAGCGAGCAGGGAGACAUAAACUGAGGAUCAGCACAGGGCCGUGCUGCUGCUGCUGCCCCUGCCUGCCACAUGUGGCUAUCACACGGCGCUCUCUCUUCCUGCUCAAACUUGGCUCCUUCCAGUUUGCUCUCCUGAAGAUUGUCUUCACCAUCCUCUCCAUUGUCCUCUGGACCAAUGGCAACUUUGACCUGGCUGAUUUGAGCAUUACUGGAGCUGUUAUGUGGAUUAACCCAUUCGUGGGCAUCUUGACAAUCAUAGCCCUGUGGCCCGUGGCAAUCAUGUUCAUGCACCUGAGGACUGCCCUGCGGACAAUCAAGAUCAUCCCCAAGUACGCCAUGUACCAGCUGGUGCUGAUCCUGAGCCAACUACAGACAGCCAUCAUCAACAUCUUGGCUUUGAACGGAAUCAUCGCCUGCGUACCACCGUUCUCUGCCGCAGCCAGAGGAUACAUGAUGAGUCAGCAGCUGUUGAUCCUGGAGAUGUUCAUCAUCACUCUGGUAACACGGCUGCUGUACAGACGACAGUACGACCCCUUACCUGAAGAAGAACACGACGACAAUGAGAACACCAAGAUGGUUGUAAUCCCAGAGUCAGCAUGAGAACUGUGUGUGUGUGCGUGUGCAUGUGUGCUUGUCAUUUUUAUUUUCUUGCAUUUAUUUGAUUGAGAGAUUAUAUAAUAUGAAUAAAUAUAAAUAUGAAAUAUAUGUAAACUCAUCUUGUGGAUGUUCAUUAAGGAUCACAGAAACUCAGGUCACAUGUAUUUCAUCCAGUGUGAUCAGGGAUUAAUAUAUGAUUUGUUCCUACUUUGUGUCCUCUGUGUGACAUUGCAGUUUGUUUGUACAAAAAAAAAGGAAAAAAAAGACCAUACAUAUUUAUGCAAGAGGCUUAUAUGGUAAGGCUUUAUAUUACAACACAGUAAUUUUCUUAUAAUUUCCAAGAAAAUGUCCUGGAAAGAAUUAUGUAAUUUGUUAAUCAAAAUUAAACCUGAAAGAAACUUGAAACCUAAAGGUCAGUGAUGCACCAUAACAAUGAAUUGUACACAGGCGGGAAAAAAAAGGAAACUAAACAAACAAAUCAUGGCUCCUGCUGCCUCUCUCGCUCUGGUAUAAAUCUACAGAUCCUCUUAGGUGCAUGCUGGUCCUAUACCUGCCUACCUGUAUAAACCUGAGGUGCCAAAAGUGCUGCUGAGUUCUAACAAAAUUAAUUAAAUAGUAAUAAAAAAAACCUAAGAAAACAAAUAACUAGGAAAAUUUUAAAAAUCUGUAUUUCAUCUAAAUAAAGCAAAUAAGCAGAAUAAAUAUUUAAACUUUAUAAAUAUCUCCUACACUAGGUAUAGUGAAAACAAAGAUUGUUCAGUAAUUAUUGGUUUUAGUCAUAUUAAGUUUAUAAGCAGUGGCUGAUUUCAAGAGAAUUUUAUCUGCUCCAAAUUAAACCUAACUAAAUAUUCAAUCAUUAUUACUCACUAUUAAAAAUAAAUAUAUUUUUUUGUAUGUGUUGACUGUAUGCCUGUUGGUAAGCACAUUACAUGCUACAAUAGUUAGCAUGUUCAGCUCACUGUGUUGUGCUCUGACUGAAAGACUCCAGUUGUAAUGGUAAUAAAUUGGAACUCGUUAGUCAGAUGUGUACCACUUUAAUAGUCUUAACUGAAGUUUGAUUAAUUUUGAAUUAUAUAGUCCUUUCCAGGAACGUUUCUGUGAAUCUAUGGGAACCCCAAAAUUUGUUUUACUGCUUAUUUAUAUCCCUCUUUUUUUGUGAGGUAUUAUUUCAUACAUAAUAAUAAACUGUAUUUUUGACAUGCAUUUGCUUUCUGUGUCACAACCACUGUCACUAUUAUCCAUUUGUACAAUGUAUGCAUUUUACUUCUCAGAUGAAGUUAUAAACACUGAAUGACUCUA